AUGCUUCUGCGCUACUACUUAGAUUCCAAUGGGGACAGAGUGUAUACUCUGAAAUCGUUCGAUCCCGAAAACAAACCAACAUUCAGUGCACACCCUGCACGUUUCACUCCGGAAGAUCGUUAUUCAAGGCACCGAAUUACAUUGAAAUCAAGGUUUGGUAUCUUACCAAGCCAGGGUACUCCAAUUGUGUACUAA